AUGCAUUGGAAAUGGGUCGCACUUGCCAAUAUCAUUUCCCUGAUGAUACUUUUUACAGGACUUACACAGGGAGCUUCGUUAUCAGACUAUCUUAGACUUAAAAAUAAAUUAGAUCUUCUUAGGGACUCUCAAUCGCGAUUAGCAAGUGUAGACUACCAAACACGCCAAGAAAACAAACGCUUCUACAAUGGACAAGAUAGUAAUCCUUUAAAUGGGGAUGAUGCCACAUUUGAAAGAAUACGACGGCGUUGUCCACCAGGAGUCUCUCUAAUCGAUUGUAACAGCGUGAUAGUUGGCCCUUGGAUCCACCACAGAGCACCCUGGGUGAGACACGUGACCCUGCCAGGCAAACGCAAUCAGACUCCGGACCGCCUUGAUCUAGAGUAGAAAUACUCGGAUAGAAAGAUGACGCUAUCUACUUCCGUCGGUUGAUCCAUGAUAAAGAUGGCGCUUGAGAUACAAAACGAUUCUAAUAAUGUUCAUUUGGACUGUUGGUUAUUCAUAAAAUAAGUUUGGACUCAGGUCUUGGCUGGUAAAACAAGUCUUUAAGUUUAUGGCUUAAAAAUGCCAAUUUUUCCAUUGUAAUUCAAAAAUGCAAGCUUAAUAAAUUAUUCUUGGCUUUCUAGAAACCUCAUAAAAAAUAAACUGCCAUAUAAUGUUUUUUCCGAGACCUGAUAUGGUCGAGAAAAAAUAAAUUAUAGAAUCAAUAACUGAACAAUACUACUGAUCAUGAUUACCAAAAUAUCUCUCAUAUUUAGGUCCCAUGAAGUUCUAGAUUCGAAAAAUGAAUUAAAUAGUACUUUAGAUUUUUAUAUUAUGGAAAAAGUUAAAGUUCCGAAAAUAACCCAGUGAUAUUUUCUACAAAAAGUGAUAUUUCAACGACCAGUUUCUGUUGAAAUUAUGUAUGCUUAAAAGAUUUAUAAUCUUCGAUCUUUUUAUGAAUAAUUUAUAUAACUGACACGGAAAAUAAAUGAUUUUUAUAAUUCAUGUUUGAAAACAA